CUGUCUUCUACUGCUGUCAUUUUGCCCCUUCUUUCUCUAUUUAUCUUUGUUGUUUCUGGUUAAACUUCAGCUUAAUUAAUAGAAUUACAACUUAGGUUAUUGAUUCCCAACUGAUUAUAUUCAAUUGUUUUCUGAUUUUGGUUGCAAUUUAGUUUUUAUUGGUUGAAUCCUAUAGAAAUUGAGCUUCGACUAUUACAUAAUAUUGCAUAGUUAAUUACAUGAAAAAGAAAUAAUAAAUCAUCAGGAGAAUGGAGUCUUACAAAUAUGUAAUACAUAAAGGGAUCUUCCCACCCUAUAAUGUCCCUAUAAAUUCUAAGGAUCGACCACUCGAAAUUAAGAUUACAAAUCACAAAUCCCAGAUUUCUUUACGCUCAAAGCCACAAUGUGUUCUAACAGCAGCAAUAGCGAUGAAAGGCCCUGUAACAAUUCUAAUAGGCAUCAACCACUGGCACAUAAGAAGAUGAUAAGGGUGUUAUGUUAUUCUGACGGGCAUCAACCACCGGCACUUAAGAAGAUUAAGGUGCUGCAUAUUUUAUUUUAUUUUUUAUUUUUUAUUUUUUCAAAAUUUGUACAAUAAAACAUAAUUUACUCAUAUUUUACUUAGUAAUUUUUAUGUUUUGGAUAAGUUUUAUCAGAUAGAAGGUUUCGAUUGCUCUGUAAAUAAUGGACUUGGCAUGCCACUUCAAAAAUAUUUCUCAGGCAAUUCCUACUGCACAAGUGAAUCCUUCCCAGUUGUCGCAACAUGGGUCUCUUUACAAUUGACGAAUGGUGGCACAAAAGGUUCAGCAGCAACUACAACAGCUGCAUAAGCUAAACCAACAAAGACUAGAACUGUUUCAAAUGCAAGUUCAACAGCAAGCACAGAUGCCAGGCUUGAGUUCAUUCAGCAGUUCCUGCACCAAGUCGAAGACUCUGGAAAUCACAUUUGAAAACGAAUUUGAGAGAAGGAUCUGGGCAGACGUAAUUCCUCGGAAUGAAAUUGGUGUCAAGUUCGAUGACAUUGGAGCUCUUGAUAACAUCAAGGAUACACUGAAGGAGUUGGUGAUGCUUCCCUUACAGAGACCUGAAUUAUUCUGUAAAGGGCAACUCAGGAAGGUAGCUUUAUUUCCACCAAUCUGUGAUAUCCUUGCAUAUUUAUGCAUUUAACAUGGUUGACGAGAUAUUCUUAUUUGAUAACUUCUGCUAGCUGGAAAGAUA